AUGUCCUCUGUUCGGCACCAUAAGAAAAAGCUUGCGUCGUUGUCGGCGCUAGGAGCUUUGGGAGCGGAGAACCUCUCCCGGGGAGAUUCCCCAGAUAUUAUCGCGGCCGUAACGGAGUCGACGAUAUUAGAAAAACCAUCCAAAGAAUGUGCCGGUUACAUCGAACAUUUCCUGCGAUGGCACAUCUCCUUAUCCGGUGGCAAGGACAUGACCUGGAUCUUGCAUCUCAAUGGUACCAACGCCUGCCAGGUAUGCUACCACGACAAGGAUGGUCUCUUUGCAGAGAUGGAGGCUUGCAUGAAAUGCCACGAACCUUUCGCAGUCCACUUCAAGCACUUCCACCACUGUCGCAAAUGUCUCAGUGUGUUGAACCCAGACCCCAAGGUCUGCAAACUCUGCUUUUUGGACGCGAAGCAUAAGGUACAUACAAAGCUUUGUCAUGUGGAUAACAAAGUGAAGUCGGCGAUGGAAAGGAUGCGGCUCCAGUUUGGAUUGCAUUUCUAG